AUGGGUUACGGAACUCUUGACUCGGUCCUUUCUUUUGAAAGGUCUAAUGUUCCACCAAGUGGAAGUUUAAUUCUCAUAACCGACACUCUCUCCUCAGAGGGAAACUUUCUUAUUCAUCAUUUCAUUGCAAAUCAUUUAAAGGAAAAUCGACAUGUAGUGCUUGUUGGGUUCAACCAAACGCUGAGUCAUUAUCAGGCUAUCGGGAAGAAGUUGGGUAUUGAUCUCUCUCAGGAGAAAUCGAAAAGUCUAUUUUCGUUUAUUGAUGGGUUGACGUCUUUCUACUGCUCAAAUGACACAAGCCAAUCUACAGCGGACACAGAUGCAAGUUCUAUUUCACAAUCGUCAUCACCAAUCGAAGACAAUUUGAGAAAGUUCUAUGUGAUGGUAAAGGAAGUCGUGGCUGAGCAUCCUGUUGGAUCUGCUGUGUCAUUGGUGAUCGAUGAUCUGUCUACGUUGCUGUUUGCGGGAAUACAGGUUGAGGCAGUAUUGAGAUUUGUGAAGAACUGUCGGUUAUUAAUCGAGAAGAAUGGUGGCAGCCUGACCCUUCUUGUACAUGGGGAUGAUAUAUUGAUGCAUGAUAUUAAUUAUGAAUUAUUUGUAAAGUCAUUAAUGUACCAGUCCGAAUAUAUCCUAUCAACUAGAGGAUUGUCGUCUGGAUAUUCUAGGGAUGUGUCGGGAGAUAUUACCAUUGCAAGAGGUCCCCGAAAUAAUGACACAUCCUACAGAACAGCAUCCUGGCAUUAUAAAACGCUGGAUAAUAAUGUACAGUUUUUCGCUAAGGGGCAUUCAGCAGGAAUCUAA